GGUAUCUGCCUGCCUGAUGCCCAGUUCACAGGGAUUGUCCUUCCUGUCAGGUUCAUUCUGUUACCUGGAAAGCGCCAUCUGCCCAAACUGCAGUCGCUGUUCACUGUGCAGCCUCAGAAAGGCACUCUGAGCCCCGCGGAUCGUCCCGUUCACAUCCACGUCGCCUUCUCAGGCAACACCACAGUGGACAUUAAAGACCAGCCAUACCUGCGCUGCCAGGUCAUCGAGCCUUCAUUGCCAAAAGGGGAACAGGUCAUCGCCAACAUCCCGAUAAAGUUGAGUGCACGCUCCAUCUUCUGCUUGUACACCAUCUCCCCCGCCAAGGAGGUCAACUUCGGGACCCUGCUCGUGGGAAAUCGCCGCACUCGCACCUUCAUCCUGGAGAAUAACUGUGACUUUGAGUUCAAAUACACCAUCCUCAAAACAGCCUGGGACAUGCCCAUGCAACAACAAAAGAGACCUGCUGGCACCAAGCAAGGGAAGGGGCGAGAAGGCACCAGCUCAGCAAAGUCCAACGGGGCACCUAAACACAAGGAGACAACGUUCAUGAACCAGGCUCGCUUUGUGGUCGGGGUGUUCAGCAUCUUCCCGGCCUUUGGCAUUGUGCUGCCGGGAGCCCAGCAGGUGAUCACCGUGGAGGUAUUUGCGGAGCUGUCGGGGAAGAGCGAGGAGAUCCUGCACAUUGACAUCACUGAUCGAGAUCCCAACGACAAUCCCGGGGGAAUUCCGUACCGGCUGGUAACGGAGGCCUGUCUGCCUGGCAUCAUUGUGGACGAUGUGGGGUCCAUCUUUGAAGAGCAUCACAUCUGUAAGAACAUCAACCUGUCCCAGUUCCUGAACACCAUGCAGAGUGGUGGUAUCUAUGUGGAGGACGAGAAAAGGUUCCUCUUUCACAACGUGCUGGUCGGGCAGACAGCCGAGGCUCGAUUCAAAAUCAUCAACAUUGGCAAAGUGCCCUGUGACGUCGCCAUCUCUGUCAAACCCAUCUCCAACAAGAUGGUUGCUCGUAUUACUGAUAUCUUCGAUGUGGAGCCCACACGGAUGAACAUCCCCAGCUACGCCCACAUGUUCGCAGUUGUCAGCUUCACGCCUCAGACAAUGCAGAACUAUCAUUGUAUAUUUGAGGCAUUGGUGGACUCCGUCUCCAAUCUGAAAUCCAAGAACCUGGUGUUUGACAUUAUGGGAGACGGGAACCUUCCGAGGGUGAGGAUCCAGCGUCCGAGCCUGCGGGACAAGGCAGGACAUGCCUUACUGCUGUACAGCCGGCAACUGCUGGGCAUCGCACAAACGCUGCCCGUUACCCUCAUCAACGAGGGCUCCUUACCCGCUCAGGUCACCAUUAACCUGGCUGAUGUGAAUGGCGCCUUUUCACUGAAUCCCUGUAUCAUCACACCCUGCAUCUUCCCCAAAGAGAAAAUCAACAUGAAGCAGGACGUGAGCCUGGUGAGGGACGCCUGUCUGCUGUUGGUGUGGCUCAGCACUGGGGAGAGGGCGCAGUUCGAGGUGACCUUCAGGCCGUCACUGCCCCGACGUCUCGUGGGGUCACUGCACCUCUCGGUGCUCAACAACCAGUUUGAGGACACAGUGGUCCAGUUGGUGGGAGAGGGCUACGAGGACGACAUCACUCUCGACAACAUCCACGGCCUGGGGUCCGGGGGGGACACCGCCUCCAUCACCGCACCAGAGGAGGAGGAGGAGGCUGAAGCGAUACACACGGACCUGCUGCAGUUUGGAGACUGUAACGUGGGCUGGCCGUACACCAUCACCUUCACCAUGACUAACCGUAGCGUGUCUGACGUGGUGCGCUUCGAAUGGCUACCAGACAUCCCGGAGCUCAGCUUCUCACCGCAGAUUGGCCACCUGCACGCCGAGUGUGCCAAGGACAUCACCGCUACCUUCCGGUCCCUGGUGCCCGUCACCUUCAACUGCUCCGUCAGCAAGUGCAACGUGGUCAAGGUGAGCUUCCAGCUGCCAGCCGACCAGGUGCCAGACUGGGACGACCGGCUGCAAGUGGUCAAGUGGAUCGAUGCCCCCAAAGGAACAUUGCCGGCCAAGAAAAAGGUGGUGGAGAUUGACCCAGAGCCUGCCUAUGUGACACUGGAGCACACAACCCGCCAGCUGGAGCUGAAGCUCAGCGCUAUGGUGGAUUACAGCGACUAUGAAGAGGGCUUCGAAAACAUCCGCUUCAAAGACACCCUCCUGUUCCAGACCCGCAUCCAUCACUUGGCUAUUUCCAACAAGGGGCCUGGGAAGCUGGAGUACAUCUGGCAGGUCCUGCCACAGGAGCCAAGUAAAGCUACACAUACCCUGGCGGAGGGAGCAGCCCCCGCGGAAGCGACUGGUGCAGAGAAUUUGUUAGCAAACAUCACGGCACUCCAAGGGAUUCUGAAAUCCAUUUCAAUCCCUGACAAACAAGGCUUGUCUUCCGAGACCCUCAUGUCCAGCAGCUGUGAUGCGGCCCCCUUCUCCGUGGAGCCCUGGUGCGGAGUGAUCCCUGUCGAAUCCGAGCAGAAAUUUAUCAUCAAAUUCUCUCCCACUGAGGUCAAGGAGUUUGAGACCCAUCUCCUGUUCAGCAUCCCGAACCUGCGGAGGGACCGGGAGUGCCCGGUGCUGACUAUCAGAGGCCGCAGCCUGCUGCCCUACUGCCACUUUGACCUUGAAGACUCCGAUUAUAUCAGCAGCAACAGACGCAACCCCGAGCUAGAAGGUCCAGGAGGGACCCCGCCCGGCAUCACACUGGACCCCAACACUCGCGUCAUAGAGUUUACAGCUGUGGGAGUGAUGACCAAAAACACCAGGUCCUUCGUCAUUAUGAACCCCACAAAUUUCGACUAUUCCUUCCAGUGGGUGGCUGAGACCUCUCAGGAUUCCCGGGUCAUCCCUUCCUUCUUCUGCCACACCGAGAGAGGCAACCUCCCCGGAGGCAGCCGCUCAGAGAUCAUCUUUGAGUUUGCGCCUCAGAAGCUGGAUAUCACAGAGUCCUUCUGGAGUUUCAUCAUCCCCGAGCAGCACCUCACCGUGCCCUUUUUGUUAGUGGGCAAAACCAGCGAGCCUGCCGUGUCUCUGGACCGCUCCCACAUUAACUUCAAGUGUGUGCUGAUAGGUCAGCGAGUCCAGGAGACAGCCUACAUGGUGAACAAUGAAGUCAGCCCUUUCCAGUUCUGUUUCAGAGCGAGCUCGCUGCACUCCACGGGCUACGCCAACACCCUCACCGUGGAGCCCAUGCAGGGGACGGUGCCCCCACAAACCAGCCUCCCCAUCACCUUCUCUUUCACUCCGAUCUUCGAGGGAGACGUGAACUUUAACUUGAUCUGCGAUGUGCUGCUGAAGACGCUGCCAUUGACCAUGAACGUGAAGGUGGAGGGUUACAGCAUGACGGCCAUCGUUCAUUGCGAGGCCACUGAUGGUUCCACCAUGGAGCUCAGCAUGACCACAGUCAACGAGAUCAACUUCGGAGAGGUGGAGCUGUUGGACCACAACAACUACUUCUUCUCCAUCUGCAACGAGAGCAAGUAUGACCUGGAUUUUCAGUGGAAGCUGAUGUGCCCCAAUGAGUUUCAGGGCUGCCUGGAGCUCACCCAGGAGAGCGGCAACAUCGAGAUCGGUGGCUCCAGCUCUUCCUCCAUCGCCUUCCACCCGAUAAAAAAGUGUGUGCUGCAGAACGUCAAGCUGAUACUCCAGAUUCACCGAGGUCCAGUUUACAUGUGCCUGCUGAUGGGGGAGGGCGUCUCGCCCAGUGUUCACUUCUCCUUCACCAAAUAUGACUUUGGCUUGUGCUUUAUCUACACCGCCGGCAUGAACUCAUACAAAACCACCCUGGUCAUCACCAACCGAGAGAACAGAGACAUCAGCUUGGAGAGUCUGUUCACCACCACCGCCUACCUGGACGUUCAGCUGCAGCUGUGUCUCUUGGAGCCCAGGGGGAGGCUGGAGAUUCCUAUCACCUUCUACCCCAGAGACAAGGCCAAAUACCACGAGGAGGUCAUCUUCGAGAUCAAUGGACUCUCCAAACAAGGCAUUCAGAUCUCUGGGGAGGGCAUCGAGUUGAAGAUUGACGUGGUCCAUCCCAAGCACAAGGUAAUCAAUUUCCGAGCUCUCCGGAUUGGCCAGACUGUGACCAAAGUGGUGCCUAUUGUGAACAAGAGCUGUAGCCCAGUGACCCUCUCCUUCAGUCUGACUCCCAAUCAACACAUUCUCCGCAACCCCAAGGUGAUGAGUAUCUUGCCGGCCGGUGAGGUCACGCUGAAAGCCAGAGGCGGCACUUGUGAUGUGGAGAUGACCUUCUCCCCGUUGAGCCGGAUCCCUCAGUUUGCUGAGGAGAUAGCCAUGGAGUGCGUUGGCAUCACCCAGCCCCUCUUUGUGAUCCGAGGUUGCUGCCAAGGCAUCGAGAUCAGCCUGGACCAGGAGUGCAUCCCAUUUGGGGCCGUGGUGGCUCGGAGCAAAGCCUCCCGGCAAAUCAUGAUGGUGAACACGGGAGACAUUGGAGCGAGCUUUCGUUGGAACAUUUCUCAGUGUGAGCUGAACUUCUCCAUCAUCCCCUCGGAGGGCUACAUCACUCCCGGGAUGAACGUGUCCUUCGAGAUUGUGUUCCACCCCAUCAACAUUGACCCUGACAUUCGCUGUGAAGGCUUCACUUGCCACAUUGAGGGGAUGGGCCUGCUGCAUCUCACCAUGACAGGAUCAUGUGUGGCUGUGACAGCCAUGAAGGAGGUUGUCCAUUUCAGUUGCCAAGUUCGGACUAAACAGACCCACUCGAUCUUACUGACCAACCGCACCAACCAGUGCUGGAACCUGCAGCCUCUGAUUGAGGGGGAGCACUGGACUGGGCACAAGUCUGUGACUGUCCAACCACAGAAGAACCAGACCUAUGAAAUCACGUACUCACCACUCAGCAUGACGCUUGAGGGCAAAAAGCACCAGGGCAGUAUAUUUUUCCCUCUGCCGGACGGCACAGCGUUGCUGUACACACUAGUCGGUGUCUCGGAGGCACCUAAACCAAUUACAGUCGCCAGCCGUGAGGUGCCGUGUAAGACCUCAUACGUGGAGCUGCUCACCAUCAGCAACUGGCUCCUGCAGCCACAGCGAUUCCGAGCAAUCAUUGAGGUGAUGAAGCCCGAAAAAAUGGAGAUUAUGGCCACAGUGAAGGGGCUGGAGUACAUCGAUGUCCCCGGGGGAUCCAAACGGGAUUACAAACUCGUGUUCUUCUCCUACAGGGAGGGCAUCUUUACCGUCAAGGUAACGUUCCGCAAUGAAAGCACGCAGGAGUUCAUUAGCUACGUCGUCAACUUCAAGGCCACGCCUCCCAGUGUGAUCAGCACCAUCGAGAUGGUGACCCCAGUACGGCAGAGCACCUACGCCUCUGUGAAGAUGGAAAACCCACUCUUUGUCCCCGUUAUCUUUACCAUUGACUGCAAGUCUCCAGAUAUCAACCUGCCUUCACAGCUGAUAGUCCCUCCGCAAGCAGAGGGCAUGCUGAACUUCGAGUACCAGCCUCUGAAAGUGGGGGAGACAAGCGGCCGCCUGACCCUGAGCAGCAACGAGCUGGGGGUCUUCCAGUACGACCUGAUCCUGAAAGGCAUGCCAGCCGCCCCCGAGAAGCCCCUGCACUUCUUGGCCUCUCUGGGCAGCAAUCAGACCCUGACUGCGAGAUUCAUGAACUUCUCCCGACAGAAGCUGGAGUACGCCUGUAAGGUCGACAGCCCUGAGUUUCAAGUGGACAAAAGUAUCAACGCAGCCCCAGGGUCCCAGGCUGGGACAGAAAUCAACCUGGACGUCUUCUUUGAGCCCACACGGCUGGGCGAGGCCCGGGCCACUCUGAACAUCUCCUCACCACACGGAGGCGAGUACAACAUCCCGCUAUUCGGCAUGUGCCUCCCACCCAAACCCCAGGGCCCCUUCCCGGUGCGGGCAGGAGGCACCAGCUCCAUUCCCUUCAAGAACGUCUUCCCACAGAGCACCACCUUCACCUUCCACGUGGACAACCCCCUCUUUGUGGUCAAGCCGAUCGAGACCAUUCGUGCCAAGAAAGUGCUGGUUGUCAUCGUCAGCUACGAAGCCACCGUGAUGGGCACCAAGUCUUCCGUCCCAGCCAAGCUAAUCGUAUCAUCGUCGCGCUCGGCGGGGGGAGGAGAGGCAAUAUCGUGGACCUAUUACCUGAGGGGGAUUAGCAAUCUGUAGCUAAGUGACGCAUGCUGGGGGGGGGGGAGAGUCUAGUC